GGAAAAUACAGACACACACAGAAGUAGGAUUCGCCGGCACGUUACCAGGCCAUAUACACGGGGUCGCUUUACCUAACAGCCGUCUCCCAAUUCUGUAUAACGUUUCGACAAAGUGAAAGAUAAUUGACACAUUUAAGACACUAUUUAAAUAACAGUUCAAAAUGGUGGCAGUAACGGUAUACUUGGCUGCAACAGUCGUUGGAUUGACAUUCGCGUACUUCAAAUAUAUUCAUCGCCGAAGGCGUCUUAAUGAGCCUGAAAUUGUUCCUGGAAAUAUUAUAUGGGGAAAUGGUGCUGACUUUGCUGAACAUGCUGUCAACUUUUUACACCGAUGUCAAAAGAAAUUUGGAGAUAUUUUUACCAUUCGAUUAUUAAACCAAUACCUAACCAUGGUGAUGGAUCCCCACUCCUACGAAAACCUGGCCCGCGAGAAGGCGUUCGAUUUCGACCCAAUUCAGCGUCAAGUAAAUCAUAACGUUUUUAACUUCGAACUGGUCGAUGCCCGCAAAAUGUUGUCUGAGGCCGGUAAGAAGGUAAACGGUAGAUUCUUGACGACUGGAAUGAAGAAUUUUUCUGAUAACCUAAAGAACGCCUUCCAAAAAGUCACCAACAUCGAUGUCAACGGAAACAUUUACAAGACCGAAGGUGACAACUGGGGCCAGGAUGGACUCCGAGACUUGACCUCAAAGACCCUCUUUUCUGCCCUGUUUUACACUAUUUUUGGACAGGGAGAAGCAAACGAGGAGUUUGAGCCGCAAGUCUUCUACAAAAACUUUGACAACUUCCACAAAUAUUUCAAUUACCUAUGGUUAGGUCUUCCCGUUAAGAUGUUCCCUAAAGCUUUAACUGCCUUGAAUGUGUUAAGCAAACAACCAUCAUCUGAAGAGAUGCUGAAGAGACCCGGAGUUUCCGAAUACAUCAAAUUCUCCACAGAAUUCAUGAAAGCUAACAACCAGACCGAACAAGAUAUUGUUGGGCACAACUUGGUCUUUCUACACGUCAACUACAACACAUUUCGUCUGUCUUUCUGGCUUCUGUACCACAUCUUAGAAGAUAAGAAAACAUUCGUAGCUCUACAACAAGAAGUCAACGACCUUAUAGAAAGCCAGUCUGUCCCAGGUGAUGAUAAUGGCUCACCCCUUGGAAUAACUAUUGAAGAAUUCGACAAACUCCCAAUAUUAGACAGUAUCAUCAAGGAAACCCUCCGAGUAACCAGUGGUGUCUUCAUGGUUCGUUACAUCUCUAAAGAUACAGAGUUCGAAAUGGACAAUGGUCAGAAAGUUUCAGUUCGUGAAGGUGACCGAGUAGCCAUGUACCCUCCUGCCAUACACAAAGAUCCAGAAAUCUUUGAAGAUCCCGAGGUAUUUAAACACGACAGAUUCGUUGAUGCCAAAUUUUACAAAAACGGAAAAGAGUUAAAGAAUCCAUUGGUAGCGUUCGGUUCCCUGUGUCCCGGUAAAAAAUAUUCUUUACUUCAAACCAAAUGGUUUUUGGUAAAUUUAGUAAACUCUUUUGAUAUCGCUUUAUUAGAAGGAGAAUCAACACAAUGUGAUGUGAAUUAUUAUGGUCACGAAAUCUUACCACCAACCCAUGAUGUCCAAGUUCAAUAUCGUCUUAAAGAAAAAUUCAGAGAAUUAGAGUUUAUCGCCAGACGACAGUGUUGAAGCUGCCGAACUAUAGCCAAAAUGGACAAAAACAAUUCACGUGAUGGUGAAAAUCUCCGAACCGGCCGAUAUCAGUUCGGCGAAUAGGGGUUCGAAUACUGCGAGUGUUCCGAACGAUGCAGGUGGUUCCCAAAUAAUGUCUCCGAGGAAGGAACAGAGUAAGUGAAACUAGUUCAAAUGAUUGUGCUUAGAAAACUGAUGUGCUGAGAAUAGGGCGGUUGCCAAGACAUUGUCCGUAUGGGGCCAACCCCGUUCAUGCCGAAUCUAGGAAAAUGAGAAACUGAAACAAAUUCUAUAUAAUCUAUUUUCUACAAUUAUUGUUAUGUGUAAUAUACUUGAUUUAUUUAUUGACCGCCAUGUUGCUAUUUAUUCAUAAGGAAAACGUCAUGGUUUGUGAUUAAUGACGUGGUCGAAAUGAAAAGACAAUGACCAAUAAUCUGAUGUAAAAAGCCAAAAAACUUUAUACAUAUUGUACAGAACGUUUCUUGCAUUUCUAAAUAUUCAUUAUAUACGGGUAAAUGUGCAACUAAGUAACUAUGUAAAAUGGUGACGCUUUUUAUGGCGCUAAAUGGUUGUGCCGUCUGCUAGGUAACGUCUUUACCUGUGAGAAACGGGGAGGCGAUAUUUGCAUUUAAUCUCGAACAAACAAUAAUCAAAUGGUCCCUAUUUAAUAAUUUGUUUGAAAACCCUGCCAUUUUGCUAAAACUCUUAUUGUUUGUUUUUUGUAUUGUAUUUGUUAAUGAUAAAUUCAAUAGAGAAUUAUCGAAUUCUGCUCUGAGCUAUUUGUGUUGGUAGGCCUCAUCUUACAGCAGUAUAUGCAUUUAACAAACUAAUUGUAUGGAAACGUGUGAAUUUUAUUUGAAGUGGGACGAUUUAUUUUGGUGUUAUUAAUAACUAGCAUACCACUCUCAUGAUCUGGUCCAUUUACCCAUACCCGUUUGAAACUUGAUAAUCAAAACAUAUAAUGAUAUCAUAGUAAUUGUAUAUGAGUCUGGGUAAUCAAAACUACUGCAAACUGAUUUUCUCAUCAAAUCGGCAAAUAAAGUAACUCUCAUAGAUAGAUGAAGAUAAAUUGAACAAAAUUUUCCUCGAUCGAAAAUGGUCAUGAUAAUAAAAACAGUUGCAACAUAAUGAUCAAAAUUUGUACCAUUGAACCUAAUCUGACAUGAGUUUUUUUUAUUAUUAUUAAAACAUCAGUGAAUGAAUAUUGCAUGAUAUGAUGAUGAAGAUUGCCGAAUGAUUGAUUGGAUGAAUGAAUAUUUAAAUGAACGAGUACCUGGUUUGCCAAAUGAAUGAAUGAUUGAAUAAAUGGGUGAAAUUAUCACAAUAAAAGUGAAAAACAGAUUGAUUGAUACAUGGAUAAAUGAAUGUUCACAUACAUGACAGUAUGGUUGAUCGAUCGAAUCAAUGGAUGGGUGGAUGGAUGAAUGAAUGAAUAAAUGUUACUUUUUAUUUGUACGAUUGAAUAAAGCUGCCUUCAACAAUCCAUUUAACUAACAUAAUAUUUGUAUAUUAAAUCGCAUAUCUUAAUUUAUUCACAUGUGUAAAGCUUAUCUUAUAUCAUGAACAUGUGUAUACAUAAAUGACAUGAAUAGAA